AUGUAUCUAACACAANCCUUUGAGAGGGAUUUUUUCCAGCUGAAACCUUACUAUACAGAUGCAUGUGGACGUAUUCCAUCAUCCCCUCAGGAGUACCCCAUCUUAGGUCUCAACCUUUUGAGACUUCUUGUGCAGAAUAGAAUUGCUGAAUUCCACACAGAAUUGGAGUUGCUUUCUGCCACUGCUCUGGAGAAUCCUUGUAUCAAACAUGAUGUGGAAUUAGAGCAAUCCUUUAUGGAAGGAGCUUACAAUCGUGUCUUGAGUGCUAGACAGACAGUCCCUCACGAAACAUACGUUUAUUUCAUGGAUCUACUGGCAAAGACAGUCAGGGACGAGAUUGCUGGAUGUGGUGAGAAGGCAUAUGAUUCUCUUUCAAUUAAUGAUUGCAGACAAAUGUUGCUGUUCUCUUCAGACCAAGAACUUCUUGAAUAUGUCAAGGAGGAGCACCCUGAGUGGGAGUUAAAGAAUGGAUUUGUAAUUUUUCAAAGGGCAAAAGAAUCUGCACCUUGCAAGGAGAUACCGUCUUUGCAACUCAUCAAUCAGACACUGAGUUAUGCAAGGGAGUUGGAGCGGAUUGUUUGA